AUGGAGUUGGAAAUGAGGCGAUUUAGCAGUCCAAUUAAUGCUGCUGGAGCUGUUUAUGAUUCUAAGGCGAACUCCUUUGAAAAGCCGGCAAUGCGCCCAAGUUUACGGACGAAAUUCCCGGAGACUUGGAUCGAUGAGGGAAAGAUUAGUGCCAAUGGAGAGACGAUUUACGAGGCAAAGGCUCCAGAUACGAUCACCUCGUGGGUGGCCUCGGCUUUCGCCAUUCAUGAACAAUCCGGGCUUGGUGUUGCACCAGAUACAGCUAAGCUGCGCGUCUUCCGGCCAUUCUUCAUUCGUCUCAACUUACCGUAUUCAGUUAAACGCGGAGAGAAAUUCGCUCUUCAAGUGCUCGUCUUUAACUACAUGGAAAAUGAACAAGAUGUUUCUGUAACGCUAAAGAACGAGAAUAACGAUUUCGUGUUCUUGAACAAAGAUGGAACAGCUAAUACUGAGAAAGACUCUAAAGCCAGUAUGAGACUUGUUUCGGUGCCUGGCGGUGGUGUAUCGAAGGCAGUUUACUUCCCAAUCGAGCCUCGAAAGAUCGGUGAAAUCAAGUUACACGUGCAGGCGAUUGGUGGGAAAGCUGGUGACGCUGUGGAAAUGCCGCUGAAAGUUGAGCCAGAAGGCUAUCGUGUCGAUCGAAAUGAGCCAGUUGUCAUUGAUUUGAACAAUCAAUCAACUUUCUCGAAAACGAUUCCCCUAAAAUUCCCGGCUGAUGUAGUGGAGGGAAGUCAAAAGGCACGAGUCGACAUUAUUGGUGACAUUAUGGGCCCAGUGCUAACAAAUAUCGAUCGUUUGGUGAAUAUGCCAUCGGGAUGCGGUGAGCAAAAUAUGCUCAACUUUGUCCCAAACAUUGUCGUCAUGAAAUAUCUUCGCUCAACAAAUCGCGCCGAUCCAAAACUCGAGCAAAAAGCCAAGAAAUACAUGGAAAGCGGCUAUCAACGAGAGCUCACAUAUCGAAGAAACGACAACUCAUAUUCGGCUUUCGGCAACAGCGAUCAGCAUGGAUCGACUUGGUUGACGGCUUUUGUGGUUCGAUCCUUUGCCCAGGCUCGUGACUUCAUCUUUGUCGACAAGGAGGUUCUUGAGAAAAGCAUCGCUUUUCUUAAUGGAGUCCAAAAUGAAAACGGUUCUUUUAACGAUAAUGGUCGAGUUCUUCACAAGGAUAUGAUGGGCGGAAGUAAAGGCGGUGGUGUCUCACUGACAGCCUAUGUUGUGUUGACUCUUUUGGAGAAUGGGGUAAGAAACGAAAAGGCGAUUGCUUUCCUUGAGAAUUCCCUUCCCAACAUUCAAUCGGAUGUCUAUUCAUUGGCUGUCACCGCUUAUGCGCUCAAAUUAGCCGGUUCAACGAAAGCCGCCGCCGCCAUUGAAGCUCUCGACAAGUUGAAGACUGUUGGAAAUGAUGGCACAGUUCAUUGGGAAGCUCGUCCGAAUGAUCCCGAAGAGAAGUCCGAUUUCUAUCAGCCACGUCCAGUUGAUGUUGAAGUGACGGCGUACGCUUUGUUGACAACGAUGUUGGAUGGAGAUACGGCUAAGGGUCUUCCAAUCGUUCGCUGGCUUACCUCAAAGCGAAACGAGCUCGGUGGAUACUCAAGCACACAGGACACUGUAAUGGCCCUUCAAGCAAUGGGAGCCUAUGCCGCUAAGGCCUACUCAGAAAACUCAAAUGUGAAUGUGAGAGUGGUGAAUGGAGCCGACAAUCAAGCUUUCACCGUCACCCCAGCGAAUAGCAUCGUUUUGCAGAGCUAUGAGCUGAGCGAGAUCAAUCCCGAGGUGAUGCUCAAGGCUGACGGACAAGGAAUCGUUUUCGCGCAGGUGGCUUAUUGGUAUCACCGAAAAACCGAACGGGAUCAAACUCCUUUCUAUUGUACGAAAGAUCUCAAGGAAAUGCGCGGCGGUAGUCGAAUGCAGUUGGAGUUGUGCUGCAACUACACGAAAACUGGCAAGUCAAACAUGGCAUUGGCCGAGGUGCAAGCACUAACUGGAUACAAAUUCGAUGAAGAAGAGGCAAAUCUGUUGACAAAUAUUAAAGAUUUGCAGCGAAUCGAGCUUGAUAAGGAUGACACCCAAGUGAACAUCUAUUUCGAUGCGCUUGACUCGUCACCAAUCUGCUUGAAUCUCUAUUCGGAUCUCGUCUACCAUGUCGCUGAUCAGAAACCCGCCCAAUUGGCUCUCUACGAUUAUUAUGAUCCCGCUGAGCAGCUGAAAACCUCGUACUCGUCGAAGCAAAGACGUGCUCUGCAAGAGACUUGCCCGGAUUGUUGGCCCCAAGAGGACUCGGCCAGCGCGCUAAAGCGUGCCCCCGAGAACCCGGGAGCCAAGAGGGCCACAAGGGACGCUCCCUCCCUCCUCGCAGCU